GGAGGCUCGUUUCUUGUUCUCUCUCUCGGCGGCGAAAAGUACUAGAGAAUUAUGGGCGGCGGCGGUGGCGGAGAAUCGACGGAGAGCGCCGUCGUUCCAAGGGCGUCCCUGGACGCCGUCGGAGAUACCUUAGCGGCCGUCGACGAGCUUCAGUCUCAUCUCCGCCAGGCUCUCGCUCUUGCCGACCCCGACGUCCUCGCAGAGCUCCCCCCUCUCCACCGCGCCCGCGCCUUUCUCGUCCUCGCGCGGGCUGCCUCCACUCUCGUCCAAGUGAGAUUGAGGUGCGACGGAAUUCGAUCAGACCAACAUCCCAUUGAGAAAGAGCUGGAUAGGUUAACCUUGUAUCAAGAGAAACUAGGACGUUAUGACGACUGGAGUAAUGCACCUUUGCGGCCUUCAGCUCGGUUGAAUUCCCAAGCGGCCACGCGUUUUAUAGGUCAUUCACUACCUGACCUGACUCCCGAACAGAGGAAAAAUCUGCAAGAUCUCAGUCGAGGGAAUUUUGUCAGGAGGCCACCUUACCACAAUAGGGCAAAAAAGAAGCAUAAACCGAAUAAACAAUCUGCCCGUGCUGCUGCGCAGGAGUUUCUAGAGAAAGCAGCACGAGAGCUGCUUUUUGCUUGUGAGCCUGGUGUGAAGGGGCCCUUGCAAGUUACAGCUGACCAGGAUGAUGAUUAGAUUGGUCAACAUUUGCUUACGAGGUAUUAUAGAGAGAAUCCACCUACCUUGUGCCAGUCCUCAAUGUUGUUUCAGCAACUGGGUUGAAGUGGUGAUCAGUGGCCUCCCAUGAUAAGCUUAAGCAAACAUCUAUGGAGCAAUGUGAUUCUUUUUCUCAGAUGUAUUUAUUGUGUUUGUCUUACCUCAUUAAGUGAAAUUCAAGUAAUAUUGAUAUGUUUUUUUGUAGCCUUAACAGUGGUCUCAGUAUUGUUCCUGCCGCCAUCGCCA